AUGAUAUUUGUCUUUUCGCAGUCAUGUCUGAAUGUUUUGACGAAGGAUGAAGCCGUGCCUACUAUGGAAAAGGAUGAAAUUCGUGUUGAAGUCGACCAUACAAUUCUUCGGUUUAUUGACCUGGCCCGACAAAUGGAAGCAUUCUUUUUGCAAAAGCGCUUUCUUCUUUCAGCUCUGAAACCAGAAUUAGUUGUUAAAGAGGAUAUAAGUGAACUACGAUUGGAGCUUCUAAGAAAAGAAGAACUCAUUAAACGUCAUUAUGACAAAAUAACUGUGUGGCAAAACUUGCUUGCCGACCUCCAAGGAUGGGCUAAAUCACCUGCACAAGGUUCUGCACCAUCCGGAUUGCCUAAUGGCAAUGCUGGAGGACCACAGCCUCCUGCUCCUCCACCUGGAGCACCACCACAAGGCAAUGCUAUGCCUGCUAAUAUGCAACAACAAAUACAGCAACAGCAAUUACAACAGCAGCAGUUGCAGCAACAACAAUUGCAGCAGAUACAACAGCAGCAAAUGCAACAACAGAUGCAGCAGCAACAACAAAUGCAACAACAGGGCCCCACUGGCAUGCCAGUAGCGUCUGGCAGCGGGGGACCCGGAGGGCUGGUGGCAGCCCAGCAGGCCAUGUUUCUACAGCAACAGGCAGCAGCUGGCGGCCCUCGGGGCCCCCCUGGCUUCCCAGGGCAAGGCCCUGGCGGAGGUGUGCUUCAGGGCCCUUUGGCAUACCUAGAGAAGACCACCAGCAACAUAGGUCUGCCGGAGGGGCGAAGGUGA